UUUGAGAAGUCUCAAGUUUUCCCCCCCUUGAUACUCUUAAAUUGAAACGAGAAAUAAAACGGGACUUUAAUUUUGAAAUCCGACAGGCAGAAGCGUGUUCUGGAUGGACAGACAUUGCGAAGUAGUCACCCGAUGUAACUUGCUGCUUAAAAUUAGAUUACAAUGUUUAGAGGAAAAGAAAAAAUAGUCGUGUAUGUUAAGUGUUUACAUAGUUCACAACAGACGAGCUUUUCUGUUUUACCUAUUUAAACAUGUUUCGUCAGUCUGUUGGCUGCCCAGUUGAUAAGAAACUAGAUUAUUUUAUACCAGAUACCGAAAAACAGCUUGCGACUACAGCAAUAUCCACAAUUAAAUGUGUGGUAGUUGGAGAUGGUGCCGUGGGUAAAACCUGCCUUUUGAUUUCCUUCACAAACAAGUUUCCAUCAGUACCAACAGUGUUUGACAGCUGUGCUGUGACUGUAAUGAUAGAUGGUGAACCUUACACCAUUGGAUUAUUUGAUGCUGUAGGUCAGGAUCAAUUACGGCCCCUAAGCUAUCCUCAAACAGACGUCUUCUUGGUUUGUUUCUCUGUAGUUUCUCUGUCCUCAUUUGAAAAUGUGAAAGAAAAGUGGGUGCCUGAAAUAACCUAUCACUGCCCGAAAACCCCUUUCCUGCUGGUUGGAACCCAGAUUGAUCUAAGAGAUGACCCUUCAACUAUUGAAAGGCUUGCAAAAAACAAACAAAAGCCGAUUAAACCAGAGAUAGCAGAGAAACUAGCCAGGGACUUAAAGGCAGUGAAAUAUGUUGAAUGUUCUGCUCUAACACAGGUGGGUAUGCUUGACAACAUGUUCUUUCUAUUAAAUCCUUGGUUUGUGUGCUUUAAUUUGCAUAACAAAGAAAUCUACCUUUUCCCUUUGUUAUAGAAAGGACUGAAGAAUGUAUUUGAUGAGGCAAUAUUAGCAACUCUAGAACCCCACGUGUACCAGAGGAAACGAAAAUGUGUUAUUUCAUGAGGUGG